AUGGAUUUUAAAAUGCAUGAGUAUACCCAUGCUGUGGUAGGGAAAGUGACUGCUCUCCGUGCCACCGACAAAGCCGAUCUAAAUGACGCUCGUCGUCAGUACGAUUAUUAUUUGCGGCUUUUAAAAGAACUUAAUUUGGAGCUGAUAGAAGUAGAAACUGAUGCAUUUUUCCCUGAAAAUAUCGUGUUUGAAGAUCUAGCUAUCAUCUGCCAUGGCAUCGUGCUCAUUCCUAGACCUGUAUCAAGUACAGAAGAGAUUAUUAUGGAAGCUUUGAAAGAAGUAAUGGUAAAAGAUCUCGGCCAAACUGUCAUUGAAAUUACAGAUCCUGAAGCAAAACUUGCUGGCUCCGAUGUUUUGUUUACAGGACGAGAAUUUUUCGUUGGUAUAUCGGAUACCAGUAACGAAGCCGGUGCUAGCGCGGUCGCUGAAGCCUUUCCGGAAUUCCCCUGCACACCCAUCAAGGUGGCAAACGGUGUGCGUCAUCUAAAGAGACUUAUUAGUAUGGCUGGUCCUGAUAUACUUUGUGUCUCAGCAAGUAAAGAGGCAAAGGAAAUGUUAAAGAGGAUCGAGAGGGAAGCUACCUUUACAUAUCAAACCCUCACGGUACCUGAGAAUGGGGCUGCCAAUUGUCUUUACGUCAAUGGCACUCUCAUACAUCGUGCUAUUGAAGAGAUACCGGAAUCUUUCAAGGUGUUCUGCGAGAAGAUAGAUUUUGCAAGACGAUCCAUUUGCUUCUCAGGGCUUGCUAAAGUAUCAACAGGACUCACAGCUUGUUGCCUUUUGGUGAGAAAAGUA